GCAAAACAAAGCGCUCAAUAUCCACCAACAAUUUCACUCCCCCUUCCAACAAAUCAAUCCAUUAUCCUCAGCACAACCUCAGCCAAAGGCCGUGAUGCCAUCCCCGAACAUCUGGAUAGCAGCCAGCGACAACGACGUCCAAUCCGUAGGACACUUCCUCUCACAGGACCCUACAUGCGUAAACUCCAAAGACGAAAACGGGUGUUCGUCCCCUCUCCCUCCGAUCCUUUAUUAUUAUUAUUAUUAUUUUGACUCACCAACUUGCCAAGACACACCCAUCCACGCCGCUGUCUCCUACAACCACAUCCCCCUCCUCCGCUCGCUGGUACGUACCCACGGUGGGGACGUGAACGUGCAGGAUAGCGAGGGUGAUACACCCCUAUUUGUAGCUGAAACCGUCGAAGUUGCCCGGGUGCUGGUGGAGGAAUUGGGAGCUGAUGUUGGGCAUAGGAAUGGGCUGGGGUUGACCGUGCUCCCCCCGUCCAUGUAGUGCCUCAAAUUCGCUGGCUAAUGCAGGGGGGGGGUGCUAGGCAGCGGACACAAUUGAGGAGGAUGGACAGUUCCCGUUGGUUGCUGCGUAUUUGUGUGGGUUAGGGGCCGUCGAAGCCACCGCCGGCGAGGAUGGGGAAGGAGUGGAGGGAAGAGCAACGACGUAUCCGAAGCCGCCGCCGGGGAUCUCGGUUGAUCUAAGUGCUGCCGAGGAUGCGUCUGAGGCGCUGCCGCCCGUGGACGACGCGCUUAGGCGGAAGAUUGAGGAGCUGGCGGCACGAGAGGACUUUAAUAACGAGGAGACGCAGAGGGAGUUGAGGGGUCUUGUCACCCAGGCUGUGCGUGAUCAUGUAAUGGAUGCGGGGGAGGAGCAGAGGAGUGUUCGGCCGCGGUAGGAGGGAAGCGCUUAGUGGAGGGAGAGAGGAAAGGAGGGUUAAUUUAUGUUUCAUAAGAUAGAUGAUGCUUGGUUUCAAUG